CGGAGGCUCUAGGGGAGGGGCUGCCUGGCCCUCCCUCCCCACUCAAGACAGCCUGGAUGUGUCUCUACUCGCCGCCUGCUUCACUUCACCCGGGCGAGAGCGGCAGGGAGGCUGGGUGGAAUUUCAGGUUUGCUACGCAGCGAGUGGCAGCCUGCUCUCUCUGGCUUCGGGGCCCGGAGCCCAAGGAGCUGCUCUGCGGUGGGCUACAAGGCUGGGGUGGUGUCUCAGCUCCCACCCUCCCCACCAGGAGCCCCCCUGCUCACUCAGAAAGAUGCCCCCGUUGCCAGAAAGUUGCCGAGUCAGGACUGGCCCCUUUCCGUCUCCUUCAGCCUUCUUGGUGACCGCCAACUGCUAACCAGCCAUGAAACCUGGCCGGCUGCCCUGGCUCCUGGGAUGCUUUCUGAUAGCUGCAGCCGCCGUGGGCAGCAAGGUGGUGCCCAGAAUGACCUUUCAGAGAGGAGACCCCGGCCGAGAGAUCGGCGCCUUCAGCCAGGAGGGAAUCCUCAACUAUGACACUUUCCUCUUGAGUGCCGACGGCGAGACUCUCUACGUCGGAGGGAGGGAUGCCAUCCUCGCCCUCAAUAUCACCAGCUCCCCCAUCAGUCUGAAGGGGAAGAUCCCCUGGAGCCCCAGCCCGAGCAAAAGGAGGGAGUGCGUCUUCAAGAAGAAAAGCAACGAGACGGAAUGCUUCAACUUCAUCCGGAUCCUGGUUCAGCUGAACGAGACCCACCUCUACACCUGCGGCACCUGCGCCUUCAGCCCCACCUGUGCCUUCAUCGACGUAGAGAAUUUCACUCUGGUGACCGAUGCCAAGGGGGAACCCCUCCUGCAGGAAGGCAAGGGGCUCUGCCCCUUCGACCCCCGGCACCAGAACACGGCGCUGAUUGUGG